AGUCCAUCCCUCCCUCCAGAGCUCAUGGAUCUCAUCAUCGCACAUAUAUGGCCGGACAAGUCCACACUCUCUGUAUGCGCUCUCGUCUGUCGAUCAUGGGUCGUGUCAGCUAGACACCAGCUUCUACUGGAGCUAUGCGUUGCCGUUGACACGCCGACGUACCGUUCGCUGCGCGAGCAAGUCGUACGAUACCAUUCCGACACCAUGGCGCCUUUCCGACGCUCUACUCGCCAUCUCGCGUUCUCCCAGCGAUCUGGCGGUCACCAGGUU